ACAGAACAGAUAAGUAAGGUACAAUAAGGUAAGAAGUCUUGGCUCCAGCUCCACCCUACUUUUUGUUUCACGGCCCAAUCAGAUGAGAUUAUAGACCUGUUAUGCUGAGGAUCUCUCGGGUCGUGUCGGUGAGAAUUAGCAGAAACUGAGAUAGGAAAACAGAAACAAAGAGAAAGAGGGACUGAAGAGCGAAGAGAAAAAGAAGCAAAGGGAAGGCAACUAAAAUUGAAACUGGAAUGAGAUAUCCUGCUGCUCCUCAGAGUAAAUCUCUGUUAGAUAUGGAGGUGGCCAACUAUUGUGAAGGCCUGGAUCCAUCAUACAGCACGCUGGGCUUUGAGAAUGCAGAGGUGCUUUAUGGAGGAGGAGAGAGCAUGCCGACAGAACCGAGCCACCCCGGUCCAGACGGGCUGAGCAGCAACUGUGCAAUCUGUGGAGACAAAGCAACAGGGAAACACUACGGGGCCUCGAGCUGCGAUGGCUGCAAGGGCUUCUUCAGACGCUCCAUACGAAAGAACCACGUGUACACCUGCAGGUUCAGCAGACAGUGCAUUGUUGAUAAAGAUAAGAGGAACCAGUGUCGUUUCUGCAGACUCAACAAAUGCUUCAGAGCCGGCAUGAAAAAAGAAGCUGUACAGAACGAAAGAGAUCGGAUCAGCUCCCGAAGAGUUAUCUCCGACUCCCAAGACCUUCCACCCAUCACUGUUUUAGCUCAGGCUGAAUCAUUAUCCCAACAGCAGAUCACUACUCCAGUAGGUCUCGCAGACAUAUCAGAGCUGAAAUCAGCCACUGUAGGGGAUAUAUGUGAAUCUAUGAGGCAGCAACUGUUGGUUUUGGUUGAAUGGGCCAAAUACAUCCCUGCCUUUGGAGAGCUGCCAUUGGAUGAUCAGGUGAGCUUGCUCAGGGCUCAUGCAGGUGAGCACCUUUUGCUCGGAGUCGCCAGAAGGUCAAUGCCGUUCAAGGACUUCCUGCUUUUAGGGAAUGGCAGCGUGAUCCACAGGAACAGCCCCGAACCAGAGAUUUUCAGGGUCGCCAACAGAGUCUUAGACGAGCUGGUGCAGCCCUUCCAGGAGAUUCAGAUAGAUGAGAACGAGUACGCAGCGCUGAAGGCGAUCGUCUUCUUUGACCCAGAUGCCAAAUCUUUGCGGGACCCCUCAAAAAUUAAAGCUAUGAGGCUGCAGGUUCAGAUGAGUCUAGAAGACUAUAUUAACGACCGGCAGUAUGACUCCAGGGGGCGUUUUGGGGAGCUUUUACUCCUGCUGCCCACCCUGCAGAGCAUCACCUGGCAGAUGAUUGAACAGCUGCAGUUCAUUAAGCUCUGCGGCCUGGCCAAGAUCGACAACCUGCUACACGAGAUGCUGCUGGGAGGGCUAACAACAGAGCCCACACACCUACACCACCCAGCACACACCCAGCUGGCCCAGGACCCGGUGACUGGACACACCCUUGUCAUCAGCACCAUGCCUGUUGCUCACAUCCCACAAAUCGCAUCACCAGACACUCCCAUCCCAUCGCCCCCCCAGGAUCCUGCCACAGACAUGUACAAACACUUUCCUCAGCCUCUGUGUCCUCCUGCCAGCCCAUCGUCUUCCACAGCCAAGGACCCCUGACUCUGUCCGGUCAUGAGAUCCCUUUUCUUGCCUCCAGUUUGUAAUCAAAGUGAA